CGUGGAACAACCGCUUUUCUCUCUCUUCGUCUCCGCACCGCACCCCUCUUAUUCAGACCCAAUCCCUCACUCCUCAAAUUCUCAAUCCUCAACGAUCUCUCUUAUUUACAUCCAUAAAACCUAUAAAAGACUCUUGUUUUCAAAAAUUUUCUCUUUUUACCCAAUUUCUUGGUUAACUUUCCUUCUAAAUUGCGUUGAAUUCUCGUUAUCUUUUUGAAACCCUAGGUUUUGGUUCUGGGUGUGCUUGAUUUUGUCAGAUCUAGGUUAAAAUUCAUCUGGGUUAUCUUGAUUUUGUUACAGAAGAGAAACCCAUAAAUUUUCUUCGCUAAAUUUGUUAGAUUUUUUGCGUAUUUGGAAAGUGAGGAACAAAGAGAAUGGCAGAGCAAGGUGGCUUGGAAAGUAGUCAGCCCGUGGAUCUUUCCAAGCACCCGUCUGGCAUUGUUCCCACUCUUCAAAACAUAGUAUCAACUGUUAAUUUGGACUGCAAGUUGGAUCUCAAGCAAAUUGCACUUCAAGCUCGUAAUGCCGAAUACAACCCUAAGCGUUUUGCUGCUGUCAUUAUGAGGAUAAGAGAGCCUAAAACUACCGCUUUGAUUUUUGCAUCUGGAAAGAUGGUGUGUACGGGUGCCAAAAGUGAAACACAGUCAAAACUGGCUGCAAGAAAGUAUGCUAGAAUUAUUCAAAAGCUUGGUUUUCCUGCCAAGUUUAAGGAUUUCAAGAUCCAGAACAUUGUUGGCUCUUGUGAUGUUAAAUUCCCAAUCAGACUCGAAGGUCUUGCCUACUCUCAUGGUGCCUUUUCAAGUUAUGAGCCUGAACUCUUCCCAGGUCUGAUCUAUCGCAUGAAACAGCCCAAGAUUGUACUCCUUAUUUUUGUUUCUGGGAAGAUCGUGAUUACCGGAGCCAAGGUGAGAGAUGAGACAUACACAGCCUUUGAGAAUAUCUACCCCGUGCUUACUGAGUUCAGGAAGGUCCAGCAAUGGUAAGGAGCUAUAGCUGCUUUACUCCCCUCCUUUUCUAAUCUUCUCUAAAUAUAAUGACUUUCAGAAUUUGUUCUUCAAUUUUGCAACUGAAAAAUCCUUCUUUUUUUUUUUUGGCAGAUGCUUUUGUGUGUCAUGGUGUUGGUGUAGUUGGAUUCAACUGUGAAUACUGGAAACCAGUCUUGGGUUGCUGCCUGGGUUUCUUCUAUUCCUCAGCAAGUUCUGUCUUGGUGCAAAAACAAAAUUCCUUCCAAAGUGGGGUUUCAUAAAUGGUUGGAAUGUCCUCUGUAUAUUUAGGUUAUUUGGUAGAGGGUAAAGAACAGAGACUGGAAGAACUGAACAAUGUUUGGAAUGGUUUAUUUUGUACACCUUUUCUCUGGACAAGUUCAAUAAUUGUACUUAAUUCCA